AAUGAUAACGAUGUGUAUCAUUAAUUUAUAUUUAUUAAAUAAGCUAUAAAAUUAUAGUACCUAAGUUCUGUGAACUCAAUAUUCUCAGUUCUUCCUUAGUGUUUUUAACGAAAAUAAUGGAAGAGAAAUAUAUUUUGACUUUAGAUAUAGGAACUACGACAAUUCGUGCGUUUAUUUAUAAUUCUAGAGCAGAAACUGUAGGAAAAGCUGUCGAUCAGGUGAUUCUGCACUAUCCCUGUCCUGGAUUUGUGGAGAUUAAUCCAAAUGAAUUAUGGAGCUCAGUUAUUUCAGUGGUGAAGAAAUCAUUUCAAAAUGCCAAUCUUUCGGCUGGUCAGAUCACAGCAAUGGGUAUAUCUACUCAAAGGAGCACAUUCAUCACGUGGUCUCGUACAACUGGCAAGCAUUUUCACAAUUUUGUAACUUGGAAAGACUUAAGAGCUGACAGUCUUGUCAAACAGUGGAACAAGUCUUAUACAUGGAAGUUAUUUAAAUUCAGCGCCUACGUUCUAUAUUUGGUAUCACGGAGCAAAAGAUUCAAAGCCGGAAGUGUAUUCAAAUUUAUGAAUACGCAGACCUCGCUGAGAUUGAAUUGGGUUCUUAAAAAUGUAGUUGCGUUAAGAAACGCUGUACAAAACAACGACGCAAUGUUUGGAACUUUGGACACGUGGUUAUUAUAUAAAUUGACAGGUCAACGUAUUCACAUGACCGAUGUUUCUUCAGCGUCGGCUACAGGCUUCUACGAUCCGUUUACGAUGCAGUGGGCCGGCUGGGGAACACUCUUAUUAAAUAUUCCGAUUUCCUCUUUGCCGACGGUCGUGGACACGGCCGGCGAACACUUCACCAGCACGGCGCCGGACAUAUGGGGUCAUGCCAUUCCGAUCAGAAGCUGCAUGGCCGAUCAAACGGCGUCGAUGUGGGGCUCGUGUUGUUUUGACGUUGGUGACAUCAAACUGACAAUGGGAACGGGGACAUUCUUUAAUAUAAACACCGGAUCUGCGCCUCACGCCAGCGUGUCCGGCCUGUACCCGGUGGUCGGCUGGAGGCUCGGCGACGAACUGGUGUAUUCCGCGGAAGGAGCGAACAACGAUACGGCUUCUACAAUUAAAUGGGCACAAAAUUUAGGUUUAUUUAUCAGUCCGCAAGAGACUGCGGACAUAGCUAAUUCAGUAACGGAUACGGAUGGCGCGUUCUUCAUUCCCGCUUUUAGUGGAUUAGGGCCCCCAUAUAACGACGGUACAGCCGCUUCCGGUUUCAUAGGCAUGAAGCCAUCGACAACCAAAGCGCAUUUGGUUCGCGCGUUACUAGAGUCAUUAGCGUUUCGUACUGCGCAAUUAUAUCAGUGUGUGCGUAAUGAAACCGACUACACGUUUCAUUCUAUAAGGCUAGACGGUGGUGUGUCUAACAAUGAUUUCCUCGCCCAACUGGUUUCGGACUUAACGGGUCUACGCGUGGAGAGACCCGUGCACGUAGAGAUGUCCUCUUUAGGAUGCGCGCAUAUUGUUGGACUACAUCUAGGUAUAUGGAAAUCGAAAGAGGAACUAAAAUCUCUAAGGAAAGUGGGGUGCGUGUUUCAUCCACGGCCGCACGUGAAGAAAUCUUACGAACACACGAUCUCGAUGUGGGAAGACGCCGUCACACGGAUGUGCGGAUGGUAUUCAAGAAGCAAUUCGUUGAAGUCAGUCAACGCUGUAUCGGACUCCAGUGGUUGUGGAGUAAUUCCUAAGAAUAGCUUUAAACUGCUAAAGAAUAACGGGGACGCAGUAAAAUAACGUUGGCUUUACCCGAUGCUCGUGCUCGUUGCGUGCAUCGUGUUACACAGAUGAUAAUAUCACAGGGAACUUUUAUAUAUACCUAAAGUAAAUCAGUGUUGCCAACUCCAAAAGAAAAUCACCUUGCUGCUUUAUUACUUUACUUACUACUACUUUAGGAGUUGAAAAUUAAAACCCAAAAAAAAACUACUUCGAAAUCAACCUGCAUACUUUAAAAGGUUUAAUUAUUGUUAAUUAGGAAUUGAAGGACGAUAAAUUCGUUAGUCGCUGCGAUCCACGAAUUAAAUAUCUUUGUUUCUGUCUAAAUCUAAUUUGGACGAGGAAAAUAAUGUGUUUUAUGAGGAAUAACUAACUUUGCUGAGUAUAGAAUCACAGAGUACGUGCUGGGGGUUGUUUUCGUACUAUUCACAGAGCCUGUAGAUUGGAUUGACAGCUUAACCUAGCUUCAUGUAUGUGCUGUGGCAACUUACAUUGUGUGUACUAGAACUUUCUUUUGCUUCUCAUACUGAGAGAUUAUCGUCAAAACCAAUAUAAAAUGCUUCUAGUAGUUGCCUAGAGGUACAACUCAGGUGUUAGUGAGCUUCUAGGCAGUCCACGGGCCAGAUCAGGGUAGAGUGUUCAGCCUAAUGACAUAUCAGUUUCGAAGAUGCUGACAACUGGUUCACGAAAACGGAACCGGUUCCCAGACAUAAUGUAAUUUCCUUAAAUUUAGGGAAAAAAUCACGAUGCUGGCAUCACUGAGUGAAAUUAAGAUAGCAUUCCACUUAGCAUUAUAUAAAUAUUCAGACGUUGGAAUACUGAAACAAUCUGGUAAAUAGUUUUUUUUCGUCAUAGUCCAAUAGUUACAAAGCAAAUCGUUCAUUUAAAUUGCUCAUUAGUUUUUAAUUAUUAAAAAAUAUUGACUACGAGACCUGACUGUCGAUAUAUUGUUACUACUAAUAUGUUUCGGAAGGCAAAUUAUGCUGUCUACUAAUGUCCCAUUAAUUGUGAUGUGUUAAAGUCAUAGAGUGGCA